GGCGCCGAGGGAGAAACGUCCAUUAACCGCCGCUGCUGCGGACGAGGAGGAGGGGAGAGGGCGGCUGAAGCCCCCCCGGCAGAAGGUCCUCCAUGGAAGGGGGAGCCGGGAACUCGAAGGGCUCCGGGCUCGGCGGCCUCUUCGGCGGCGCGGCGAUGGGUGGGCCCGGCUAUUCCCACGCGGACCUGGCCGGAGUCCCUCUGACUGGAAUGAAUCCUUUGUCUCCAUAUUUAAAUGUAGAUCCCAGAUACCUUAUACAGGACACGGAUGAAUUCAUUUUACCCACUGGAGCUAGCAAAACUAGGGGCAGGUUUGAGCUGGCAUUCUUUACAAUUGGAGGAUGCUGCAUGACAGGAGCUGCAUUUGGUGCACUAAAUGGCCUGCGACUGGGCUUGAAGGAGACACAGAGCAUGGCUUGGUCUAAACCUAGAAAUGUACAGAUUUUAAAUAUGGUGACAAGGCAAGGGGCAUUAUGGGCCAACACUCUUGGAUCUCUAGCACUGUUGUAUAGCGCAUUUGGAGUCAUAAUUGAAAAAACACGAGGUGCAGAAGAUGAUCUGAACACAGUUGCUGCUGGGACCAUGACAGGCAUGCUGUAUAAAAGCACAGGUGGACUACGAGGGAUAGCGAGAGGUGGCGUUGCAGGACUCAUGCUCACUAGUCUCUAUGCUGUCUACAACAACUGGGAGCACAUGAAGGGCUCAGUACAGAGGCAAUCACUCUGAGCAGCAUUGAGAACUGAGAAUCUACACAUGUAGUGCAAUCAGACUUGGAAACCUUUCAGUACAGCAUGGAGCAGAAUGGAAACAAAGACUAGAAAGCCUCACUGUGACAUGUUUAUCAGAACCGGUCUAUCCUUCCAGCUGCCAGAUGGUAAUGUGCUAGUAUCUGUGAGGGUGUGAUCAAGUUGUCAGCUGAAGAUCUUGUUUUGGCAGCAUGUUCACUUUUGCCUGGGCUAGUUAUUUUACCCAAGUUAAUUGUCUGUCCCAUGAUGAGGUUUAUGUAACUAUGCUGUUGCUUGAUUUGGUUCUAAUAAAGUUUUUGUCCCUACA